AUGCGUUUCUCCACCGUCGUUCUCCUGACGCUUUCCGUCCUGACGACCAUCUCUCCCACCCUCGCCUGCUCGUGCGCCCCCCCGCCGACGUUCCAGAAGGUGUACUGCGACUCGCCCGUGUCCUUCCGGGGCACAGUGCUGGCGCGCACGGACAACUGCCCCGGCCGGUGCGACCAGAUUGCUGACCAGUUUGACGGCGAGAUCGUCUUCAUCGUGCGCGUGGACCGGCACUUCAGUGGCCCGAGUGUCGAGGACGGUAUCGCGUACCUGCGCACCGCUGUCAACGGCGGCCUCUGCGGCAUCGAGCUCACCGUUGGCACGCAGUAUAUGUUCAACUUGAGAAGCCCGCAGAACAGGGAGGGGCAGUGCCCGAGCACGGUGUAUGAUAUUGGGCUCUGCAGCUUUCCCGUCACUUGGAAGUCGCUUUCUAGAGAGUUGAGGAGGUUUGUUGUCAGGGACGCGAGGACGAUGGGCGCGCUUUGCAAGAGUCUUUGAGGAGCGCGUUCCCGGUUUAUAAGUGAGGCUGUCUCAAUGUGGUUGGGGAAUGCCAAAUGCUGAGUGAUGUUGUAGUCCACAGAGAUGGGUCAUGUUGCAAUUAUCUGUUUGAAUCGUCCAGAUGUUAGAUCAGGACAGGCAGCGCCUCCGCUCUGGAGGUCGUUGCCUUGCUGCAUGAUGCAAGUUAGAGCAGUGGUUAGAGUGUACAAAGUUAUCUGUAUCACAUGAUAUUAGCUGAGUUCUUUGGUAGGGUCAGGGAAUGAGGCUGCGAAAUGGCAAGAGUCGGCUGUUUGGUCAUCCGACGUCAGUAAAAGAUUGCUUCAAUUUGAAUUU